UUGCCCGUGUGGGGGCCUGGGUAAAGGGGGGUGUCACAAAUAUUUGGCCUGUUAAGCCCUUUGAGACUGUAAUGGUGAUUAAGGGCUAUACAAAUAAAAUUGAAUUGAAUUGAAUUGAAGUCCUGUUUCUUGUAGGGAACAGCACAAACAGGAGGCCAUGUUCCUCCUGGCGCUGUAUUGAUCCUGGGCUCUUGACCGCUGGCCAGGGAAGGGCCAGGGAUGAAGAAAAAGGUGAGUAGAAUUCACAAGAAGCUUGAGAAGAACAAGGGGCAAAUCAACCUACCACUGACUAAGGCCCAGAAACAAUUCAUUCUAUUAUUUAUUCAAUUCAUCUUCAAUUUGAUACACGUGUCCCAUGCGAAAUUAUUACAAAAUUAAAAAUGAUGUAUAUGUUUACAGUAUAUAUACGACAAUUAUACUAAAAUAAAUAGAAAAUGCAAUUCCUUAGGUAUUGACCUUACGAUGAUACAAUUGAAAGUAUUAAUCAAUCAUACUGUGUGUAACAAUGGGUAUUACACUGGCAAUGAACAAGUGGUAACUGCUAAGUUUGAGGGCAACAUAUUGAUUAACUCAACUUCACAGCUGAAAGACACAGGAUUUUUGAUAUGACAGCACUGCAUCCAUUCCUACCACUUCCUAUGGGGUUGCCAAAGAGACUGUAGAGGUCAAUCCAGCUGGAGCAGACAUCCCACUAGAGAGAGAGACACGCAGAGACAGACAGAGAGAGAGGGAGAAAUAGAGUGAGAUACAGAGAGAGAGAGAGAGGGAGCGCGGAAGAGAGGAGGAAGCAAGGAGAUUGCAAAAAGAAAGAAGGGCAAAGCCUGUCCUGCUGUUGAUCCAGAGGCGAUCAAGGGUGUGUUGCUUGCUCUGCUUGACCCUGGUCCGGAGACAUCUUGGCCAGUGUCUGUGUGUCUGCCUGCACGCCUGUCACAGCUCGGAUGGGAAUCGGGCCUGGAGCCAACCGAUAUACGGAUCUAUGAUUUCAGCCGGGGGUUUCAGAAGAGGACGACGACUCUGACACAAAACUAAGAAAUAUUUCCUGUGGGGGGAUCUGGAUCAGAACUGCUCACCUGAUGAUGGGAAACUGAACUGAGGCAUAAUGGAGCGUUCCCACCAUUCCCAUCAACACGGUGCGAUCCCGAGGUGCCAGCCUUUCCUUGCGUCCGUUCCCGGGUUAACCCGUGGGAGCUUUCCCAUGAAUUAACGUCUACAUCCCUCCAUGGAAUACGUUGUUUUGGACAGCAUGACCUUCGACUGCUACAAACCGUUGUCUAAACCGGCCAAAUCACGACAAAAAGGAGGACCCUCGGGAAGAGGUUUUGGCCAUUAAGUGGUGAGAAAAAGACCCCCCUCGUGAAAUGUGAAUGCGUUCCUCCACGCGAAUUCCAAUAGGUGGUUAAAACGAGCCGGCUAGCUGAGAGUCAGGGGGUCCACCAUCGCCCCGUUAGCCCCCCUUUGGGCAGGAUUACGUACGGUUUCGGAGGGAUUUGAACAUUUCGGGAGGACCUUGUGGAACAGUGGCCGAGUCGGAGCCAAUGGGGGCCGGUUAGGACCCGGUCUGCCCCCGGUUUGACCUUGCAGUGACAUUUGACCUCCGGUCCUGGCGCUCCACCUGCUCUGCUGCCUGGGUUCUGGAACGCUCCGCCCUGGGGCCCAGAACGAGCCAAUCAGAAUGAAGAAGAGCCGCAGUGUGCUGUCGGUGACGAGGGAAGAGGGCAUCGACCCGGGGUUGAACGGCGGCGGGGAGAAGGCGGAGUCGUCGCGCUACAGCCGCUCCUACACGUCGGGCGCCACCCUGGGUACCGAGCUGCGAAGGGGGAGGAGCCGACGCCUCUCCUCCAGCCUUCAGGUACCGUGCUGGCUCCGCCCACGGGACCGCACCCGCUCGCCCGAGGUCCCGACCAAUGUCUCUCGCCCGACCACCCUCCCUCUCCGCAUCCCGCCACGCAUCUCCAUCACCCAGGCGGACAGCGACGGCUACGAGGUGGAGAAUGGCGUGUCCCCGGCCCACACCCCCCUGGGGCUCCAGAGCCCGGGCCUCACCCUCACCACGCCCUUCCCCUCGGGCCAGCGCCGCGAGUCCUUCCUGUACCGCUCCGACUCCGACUACGACAUGUCCCCGCAGUCGGUGUCCCGCAACUCCCUGGCCAGCGAGGGACACAUCGCAGAGGACUUCAUCGUCACACCCUUCGCUCAAGUGCUGGCAAGUCUGCGUUCGGUGCGCAGCAACUUCACACUCCUGGCCAACGUUUCUACGCCAACAGUCAGAAGGUCCCCGAUGGGCGGGCUGAGUCCGGGGCCCAGAGAGGUCCUGAACGAGCAGCAGUACCAGGAGCUGGCCCUGGACACGCUGGAGGAGCUGGACUGGUGUCUGGACCAGCUGGAGACCAUCCAGACCCACCGCUCUGUCAGCGACAUGGCCUCCAACAAGUUCAAGAGGAUGCUGAACAGGGAGCUGUCCCACUUGUCAGAGAUGAGCCGCUCUGGGAACCAGGUUUCAGAGUACAUCUCCAGCACCUUUCUGGACAAGCAGAACGAGGCAGAGGUCCCCUCCCCUACCCUGAAGGAGAAGCCCAUGAGCUACAUCAGCGGGGUCCGCAAGCUGUCCCACAGCUCCAGCCUGACCAGCAUCACCCUGCCGCGCUUCGGGGUCAACACCGAGCACGAGGACCAGCUCGCCAAGGAGUUGCAGGACUUGGAUAAGUGGACCUUUAACAUCUUCAGAGUGGCAGAGUUCUCCAACAACAGGCCCCUCUGCUGCAUCAUGUACUCCAUCUUUCAGGAGAGAGAGCUGCUGAAGACCUUCCGGAUCCCGGUGGAUACCUUCGUGACCUACAUGAUGACCCUGGAGGACCAUUACCACGGCAACAUGCCAUACCACAACAGCCUGCACGCCGCUGAUGUCACCCAGUCCACGCACGUCCUCCUCUCCACGCCCGCCCUAGACGCGGUCUUCACUGAUCUGGAGGUCCUGGCUGCCCUGUUCGCUGCGGCCAUCCACGACGUAGACCACCCUGGGGUCUCCAACCAGUUCCUCAUCAGCACCAACUCGGAGCUGGCCCUCAUGUACAACGACGAGUCGGUGCUGGAGAACCACCACCUGGCCGUGGGCUUCAAGCUCCUGCACCAGGACAACUGUGACAUCUUCCAGAACCUCAACAAGCGGCAGCGCCAGAGCCUCCGCAAGCUCGUCAUUGACAUGGUGCUGGCCACAGACAUGUCCAAGCACAUGACCCUGAUGGCUGAUCUGAAGACCAUGGUGGAGACCAAGAAGGUGACCAGCUCUGGGGUGCUGCUGUUGGACCACUACACCGAGCGCAUACAGGUGCUGAGGAACAUGGUGCACUGCGCGGACCUGAGCAACCCCACCAAGCCCCUGCCCAUCUACAGGCAGUGGACGGAGAGGAUCAUGGAGGAGUUCUUCAGACAGGGAGAUAAGGAGCGGGAGCGGGGAAUGGAGAUCAGCGCCAUGUGUGACCGACACAACGCCUCUGUCGAGAAGAGCCAGGUGGGUUUCAUCGACUACAUCGUGCACCCCCUGUGGGAGACGUGGGCCGACCUGGUGCACCCCGACGCCCAGGAGCUGCUGGACACCUUGGAGGAGAACCGGCAGUGGUACCAGAGCACCAUGCCCCAGUCGCCCUCCCCUCCGCCGGACAGGCACCUGCAGACCGACCGCUUCCAGUUUGAACUCACCCUGGAAGACCUGGGGCACAACAACCACAGCCACGUGCACCUGGGCAACGCCGUGGACGCCGAGCGGGCGCCGCGCUGCCACUGCAACGCCAACUGCACCGACGGACCCCUGGACGGCACGGAGGCGCCUAGCAACCACGUCAGUGAGGAGGAGGAGGAGGAGGAGGAGGAGGAGGAGGAGGACAGUCAAAAGGAGGUGCACUACAAUGGCGAGCAGAACGGUUUCAACCAAGAGGAGGACAUGGGAGGCGCGGAGGAGGAACCGGAGAAGGGGGAGGAGGUGGUCGUUGAGAGCGCCAAGGAGGAGGAAGAAGAAGAGGAGGAGGAGGAGGAGGAAGGAGGGGAACCUGAUGCAGAGGAGUGCGGAGCAGAAGAUGAGGACACAGGUGGGGACGAUAGGGCGGAAGAGGAGGAGGAGAAGGAGGAGCUCCUCAACGACGAGGUGGCCAAUGACGAGGAGGAUGGGGGAGAGAUGCCCGAGGAGACGGAGGCGGAGGAGGACCAAGCAGAGGGGGAUGAUGAGCAAAACGAACAAGAAGGAGGAGAGAUCGAAGGCGAGAGGGAGGAGGAAGAAAAGCUUGAGGGAGACGGCGAAGGUGAAAAGGAGGACAGAGAGGAGGAAAGUGAUCUGGAAAAGGAAGAUAAUCUAGACAAGGAAGAGAUAGAGGAGGAGAAGGAAGAUGAGGAGGAGGAAGACAGGGAAGAUUAUCUAGACAAGGAAGAGAUAGAGGAGAAGAUUGAAGAUGAGGAGGGGGAGGAUCAUACGGAUCAAGGCAGGGGGGAAGAAGAGGAGGUAGAGGGAGAGGAGGCAGAAGAGGAGCUAGAGGGAGACAUGCUUGAGGAGCAGUUAGGGGAAGAUGGCGAGGUUUCAGAGAAGGAGGAGGUAGAGGAAGGCGAGACAGAGGAUGAAGGGCAGGAGGAGGAAGAGGAGAGUUAGCUGGUUGUGGAAUCACAACAAAAGAUCAAAGUAAUAACCCGUGAGGGGAGACUUUUGUGGAGACUUCAUGGAUAGAAGGACACAUGAUGGCAGUAGAUAGUGAGAUAAGGGGAGUAAGAGUGUGAGAAUGACAGAGAAAGAGUGAGAGAAUGAGAGAUGAGUGGGAGAGACAUGUUACCUGUAGAUAACACUGAAUCAACUGCAAUGUACGAACGCAAGGAGGAAUGAAACAUCCCUUAUACCUUAUAUGCUCCGAAACACAGCCUUCAUACUGUUGUGUGUGCUGUAGCACACACACAAAAGGUUUGGAAGACAAAUUGUGUGGGCAACUGAAAGAAAAUAUAUCAUUUGUCACCUGAGGUAUAUUUCGCGGACAAGAGACAGAAAAACAUGUACUGUACACCAAAAACUGAUUUUUACCAUAUUUUAAAUGUGUUCAAAUGCUAUAAAUGUUGGAGCCUAUGCACUGUAUGGAUUGGUAAUAACUUAAAAACAGUGUUUCACAAGUCAAUCUUUUACGACAGAGAGACCAAUGAUCUGCAUCACCUAGCAUCUACUCUACAUACAUCACUGCCAUAGGGAAUUAGGGUUGAAAGUGAGUUUUAUCAAACUUUUGUAGCACCCCUGGUCCAAAAUACACACAUGCAAACAAGUGCAUGUGAAAAAACCUCCAGAUGUCAUGGACUAUUGCUGUCUCGUUCUCAGUGACGCACGUACGUGGGCCUACAUGUGUACACACAACACACACACACGCGCGCGCACAUAAACUAAAGACUCUUUAUGUUGGUGUUUGAAUACUGAACAACAUGGAUACUAACUAUUCUUCCAUUUUUGUCGGAAAAAUGUAAAGAAACGCAAAAAAAUGUCUUUGGAAUAUAUAUAGUCUGUUGUCUUUACUUCCCGUGUUUUCCUUUGGAAUCAAAACUGCUGGGUAGGCCCUGGUCUGGGAACAGAGCAACAGUCACAUACGCCAACUGAUACGUCACGCCGUUGGAUAUGGGAAACCAUUCUAUCUAUAACGUCAUGAUAAAACGUGCUAUAUAUGGUGUGGGGAUAACAACAUCAAGGGCUUUUUUUUGUCCAGUUAUAAACACAGAUCUUCAAGAAGAAAAGGCUAACUCAUAACAUUCAGCUCAAACUGGAACCGCCAUAUACUACCCUAAACAAGGUAUUGCAACGACAUCAUGGAUGAAGUCCCGAUGACAAAUCACAGCCACUUUCGUAGAGAAAUACGCCAUCCGUUCCUUCUGACCGAGUUCUUUGACCUGUCGAGACAUGGUCUCUGGAACCAGGGUAACCGGUGUGAUGGUCUUCCACCAUUCCCCAUUUUGUCUUUGUUUAUUUAUUGUAAAAAAAAUAAGAAGCUUUUGGCACUUUAUCUAACACCUCUGUUACAAAUAUGUAUAUAGUGAACAUGUAUUUUAAUCUGCUGAUGUCACACAAUAAAUAUGAUUGGUCAACAAAGUUA